UCUGUGUGUCACUGAUCUCCUCUGCUAGACUGAUACACUCACUGACUCAGAAGAGAGAAGCUCAAACAAACUGCGAACUGUGAAAUUAAAGGAACCUAUUCCGGCUGACUUGGAUUGGAGAAAUGACCAAAGAGACUGAGACUCUGGGCCUGGUCUUUCAGAGCGAGAACUUCAACUAUAACCGUUACAAUAACUACAACAUGGACUCCUGGUCCUACCUGGAGAGCCCUAUCCUCGAGCAGAACCCCCCCAAAUCCAGACUCCACCCAGGAGACGACCUGGCAGCCUUAACCAUGCUGUAUGAACAGUGCAAGAACCAGAAAGAUCAGAAGAACGGCAACCGUAUUGGCAACAUCUGCAAAACAGAAAGGCAUCUAACCAACACCAAUGAGCUUGUUUCAUUGGAGGCGUCCGCCAACGUCAUGAAGAUCCUUUCUGAGAGUGUUCCCUUAAGCCAUUCCCAAGAGGUUUUGGGAUCCAAGCAGCAGCACGCCUCACUGCAUAUCUCUGCUCCCACCACCUCAGACACAUACGCCACCCUGACCAGCGUCGUGGCAGACACUUACGACAAGCAGGAGCUUAACAUCAUCUUUGAUUCCCUGCUGACCGGUUCUUUCCCCGAUCAUAGCACCGAGACUCUUCCCUAUAGCGAUCCCUUCCCUGAAGACCAGUCCAGCCCGGUCUACUCAGGCUCCUACCCCGGCUCUCCACCAGAGAGAUUCAGGAAUGAGUUCCAGUUUUCCCUGGGAGCUCCCUUGGCUUCUUUUUACAAGUCCAGUGAGCUGCCCAUGGUCUACCUGAACAAGGGCCAGUUCUACCCCAUCACUCUCCAGGGAGUGGACAGCAGUGCCUGCCUCACUGCCACUAAAGUCAAGACAGUGGUGAUGGCUGUGUUUGAGAAUGACAAGAGCCCCGAAAUGCAGCUCCGCUUUUGGAAUCACUGGCACGCACGUCAGCCAACCGCCAAGCAGAGGGUCAUUGACAUCGCAGACUACAAAGAAGUUUUCAGCGGCAUUAGCAAUGUAGAGGAGUUGUCCUUCAACGCUCUCUCCUUUGUUUGGAACCCCAAUGAAGAGGCCAAGGUUUACAUCGGCAUCAACUCCCUAAGCACAGACUUCUCGGCUCAGAAGGGAGUUAAAGGCCUGCCUCUAAACCUGCAGAUCGACACUUACGACUUCAGCUCGGGAACCAACCAGCUCCUGCACAGAGCCGCUUGCCAGGUCAAGAUUUUCUGCGAUAAGGGUGCUGAGAGGAAGAUGCGUGAUGAGGAGAGGAAGAGAACCAAAAGGAGGGUGAAGCCUGAUGCUAACACCAACAAGUCUUUAGUGAGCAGCGACUGUACCUUCUUCCAAAGCCUGGAUGAUCACAUCACCCAGCCAGUUCUCUUUAUUCCAGAAACACACCUCUCCAGUUUACAGCGCAUGGCCCCUCCCAUGGACGAGGUUGAAAGGAGUUCUAUGAAGAGAUUGUAUCCAGAGAGAGACCAGAUCAGCGCUCCACCAAGCAAACAAGCCUGUAGAGAAGACCCACAAAGAGUUCUGCUGUACGUGAGGACGCACGCUGACGAGGUGUUUGAUGCGCUCAUGCUCAACGCGCCAACAGUUUCAGGCCUACGGGAAGCUGUUUCAGAUAAGUACGGUAUUCAAAAAGACACCAUUGGAAAAAUCUACAAAAAGUGCAAGAGAGGGAUUUUCGUCAACAUGGAUGACAACAUCAUCCAACAUUACACCAACCAGUCGGCCUUCCUCAUCGAGAUGUCCGAGGUUAUCAGCGGUCAGUUCCAGGUCACCCUCAUUGAAGUAUGAGAGCAAGCAGCCUGCUCCAUUGAAGAACGUAACGAAUCCUUGCUGCCUAAUUGAACCAUCUCUAAUAGCACUGCUCAGUCAAAGACAAUGCAAGCUGUGGACUGGCAAAACCAAUGAGAGAUCUGGGCUCAGACGAGAGACGUUUUUAAGAUUUCACUUGGAAAAGCCUAUUCGUUUUCUCGAUGUUGUAAAUGCCACUCGCCCCAUGAUUUUGUUAUUUGAAUUGUAACGUAAGAGCAAUUAUGAUGAGAAUCCUGUGUAUAUAUAUAAUGUAAAUAGAACUUAAUAUGACAGUGUUUUUAUAAACUAGACAUGUGCAUGUCGCAAUCCAUUUUCCACAUAUUGCUAUGUAUUUCAAUUUUUUUUACAGAGCUCUGCACAUGAUUUGUGUAUUUUUCAGCAUUUUCAGAGGUUGCUAUUCUUGUUUCUUUUAAUGUAUCCAUCAUUUCUUCUACAAGAGCCAAUGGUGCGUUUCCUCACCCACAACCUGCUUAGGAUGUUUUUUUUCACUGUCCCGACGGUUUGAUUCAGAACCUAAAGUCAGACAUUUCCACCCAUAAAACCACACAAUAGUUAGUAUUGGCCACCAUUUAGUUCAGAGUUGUGGACAUUUCCUUUCUUUACAGUUUAACCAGAGUUUCCCUGGAAACAGUUCAAACCCCCAAACCCUGAGGCUGGCCAGAGGACUUUUUUAUUGUGUGUGUGUGUGUGUGUGUGUGUGUGUGUGUGUGUGUGUGUGUGUGUGUGUGUGUGUGUGUGUGUGUGUGUGUGUGUGUGUGUGUGUGUGUGUGUAAAAAGUUGUAGGAUUUUUUUUUUUUCCCCUUUUACGUUAUGUAUCAUUUCAAAACAAGCAUGUAUCCCUGUAAUAUUUCAUUAUUAUAUCAUGGCAAUUCUGGUUGCAUUAGUCACAUCUUGCCUCUUUUGUAAGAAAAUAAAGAAAAUGCAUAAUAGGUUUUGUGGCUGUCUCUUAAUUAUACAUACAGAUCUAAUUUAAAAGCUAGCCAUUCACACCAAGGAUCAAUUAUUACUGGUGUGUGUGUGUGCACUUAUAUUUAUCUUUUCUUCUCUCAUCUCUUGAUA